CCAUGGCCACCGCCGGGCGCCUCGGCUUCACCGUGCGCAGGCUCCUGGAUUUACCCGAGCAAGACGCGCAGCACCUGCGGAGGCGGGAGCCGGAGCUACGCGCCCCCGGCCCCGGCGCCACCUGGCUGGAAGCGGAGCGCGGCCACUACCCCUCAUCGGACGAGAGCAGCCCCGAGACCAGCCCGCCCGGCUCGUCGCAGCGGCCGUCCGCUCGGCGCGCGUCUCCGGGCUCGGAGGCCGAGAAGAGGAAGAAGCGGCGGGUGCUGUUCUCCAAAGCGCAGACGCUGGAGUUGGAGAGACGCUUCCGGCAGCAGCGCUACCUGUCGGCGCCCGAGCGCGAGCAGCUGGCGCGCCUGCUGCGCCUCACGCCCACGCAGGUCAAAAUCUGGUUCCAGAACCAUCGCUACAAGCUGAAGCGCGCGCGUGCGCCGGGGGCCCCCGAGUCGCCCGAUCUGGCAGCGGCUGCCGACUUGCGCGCCGCGCCGGGCCUGCUGCGCCGCGUGGUGGUGCCCGUGCUGGUGCGUGACGGGCAGCCGUGCGGCGGCAGCGGUGAGGUGGGCACGGGCGCCGCCCAGGACAAGAGCGGCCCGUCCCCGGCCUCCGCCUGCCCUCUGCCGGGCUACGCCGCCUUCGGGCCCGGCGCGGCGCUCGGUCUCUUCCCCGCCUACCAGCACUUAGCGCCCCCCGCCCUGGUCUCCUGGAACUGGUGAAGCAGCUGCGGGGCGCGGGCACCUGGGGCUAUCCCAGACUGUGGAGCCGGCUCUGCGGGCGGAGUGGGUCUGGAGCUGGAGACCUGGAGCGCUCCCCGGGCCCCACCUCCCUUCGGGCUUCACUGCCUUCAGCGCCGGGGUCCCUGCCCCGCCCUCACCAGCCAUCGCGCGGGGAACUUUCGCCAAGAUCCUCUCUCUCCUCUUUCCUCGACCGCCAGCCUCAGAGCUAGAUUUUAUUGCUUGAACUUUAUUUGUAUAUUUUAAAAUAGCUAUUUGUAUGGGAAGCAAGUUAUUUUAAAAGAAUAGAAUAUUUUUCCUCUUUGUGGUGCGAGAAUAAAAUGCAUAGGCUUGGGUCCCCUUGCGCGCCUGUUGGGAACGUAGAUGGGAACUGUGCUUUCCCGACCUGCGUUCGAGGCGCCAGUCCACUCCUUGAGCGGCGCAGUUAAGGCCACCCCGAGCAGGGUCGAAGGGCAGAUCGCAGACCCCACACGGCUUUAGGAAGAUA